CUCAGAGUGACUUCCCCUGCUGCACAGAGAGUGUGUAUUGUGAGUGUGUGUGACUGUGUGUGUGUGUGUGUGUGUGAGGAUGGCGAGCAAGAUGAAGUUCGUGCGCUUCCUGACGAAGACCGCGGCUCUGGCCAACGUGCCCAAACACAUCGAGCACUUCUCCAAGUUCUCGCCCUCGCCGCUCUCCAUGAAGCAGUUCCUGGAUUUCGGCUCGACCAACGCCUGCGAGCGCACGUCGUUCUCCUUCCUGCGUCAGGAGCUUCCCGUCCGUCUGUCCAACAUCAUGAAGGAGAUCAACCUGCUGCCCGACGGGCUGCUGGCCACGCCCUCCGUCCAGCUGGUGCAGAGCUGGUACAUCCAGAGUCUGAUGGAGAUCCUGGAGUUUCUGGACAAGAACCCGGACGACCAGCGAGUCCUCGAAACGUUUGUGGAGGUGCUGGAGGGCAUCAGGAACCGGCACAACGACGUGGUGCCCACCAUGGCUCAGGGCGUCAUCGAGUUCAAAGACGCCUUCCGGCGGCCGGACGACGCCGCCACCGACCACAACAUCCAGUACUUCCUGGACCGCUUCUACACGAGCCGCAUCUCCAUCCGCAUGCUCAUCAACCAGCACACUCUGAUCUUCGACGGCAACACAAACCCCGCCCACCCCAACACCAUCGGCUGCAUCGACCCCGUGUGCGACGUGACGGAGGUGGUGCGAGACGCCUACGAGAGCGCCAAGCUGCUGUGUGAGCAGUAUUACCUGGGAGCGCCCGAGCUGGAGCUGAGGCAGAUGAACGCCAACAUCAUCAGAGAGCCGAUCCAGAUCUCGUAUAUCCCCUCCCACCUCUACCACAUGCUCUUUGAGCUCUUCAAGAACGCCAUGAGAGCCACGAUCGAGAACCACGAGGCCAGCAGGACGCUCCCGCCCAUCAGAGUCAUGGUCGCCCUGGGUGGAGAGGACCUGUCAAUCAAGAUGAGUGACUGUGGCGGCGGCGUUCCCUUCAGGAAGACGGAGCGUCUGUUCAGCUACAUGUACUCGACGGCUCCCCGACCCUCCAUAGGAGACACACAGAGGGCCCCGCUGGCUGGGUUCGGCUACGGCCUGCCCAUCUCUCGUCUGUACGCUCGCUACUUCCAGGGCGACCUGCAGCUCUACUCCAUGGAGGGUCACGGCACGGACGCUGUCAUACACAUGAAGGCCCUGUCCACGGACUCGGUGGAGCGGCUUCCCGUCUUCAACCAGACCGCCCUGCGUCACUACAAGCUGAGCCUGGAGGCCGACGACUGGUGCGUUCCCUCCAAGGAGCCGCUGGACCUCGCCAUCUACCGCGCCGCCAAGUGACCUUUCACCCCUGACCCCGCCCACCCCGCGACCUCUCACCCCUGACCCCCCCCCCCGACCACCCCGCGGGGCAUCACGGCACCAGAGCUGUGAGACUGGAUCUGAGGCGACCAAUCGUAGGUGGAGGAGAGAAUCGAGAUGAAGAAGAGGACCAACCCCCCCCCGUCCCGACCCCGCUGCGCCCUGAUUGGCUGGGAGAUUCCUCAAUAACGAAGCGUGGAAUGGACACGUACUUCCUGUAUGACUUCCUGUAUCGCUUCUUGCUGUGAUGUGUGCCGACCAGAUACAGCAGGAGAAGAAAAAAAGCGCAGACGCCGAGCUGAAGCAUGCUGGGACGCCGUGACGUGUGGCUCCGUCCGUCCAAAUCAGCUGUUAUUUUUGGAUAAAGGCUAAUUAUGACAGUAUAGCAUUAUUAAAUGAAAUAUCGUGGAGCUACAAAUACUUUUCUCCAGACAUAAAAAAAAAACAAAAAAAAAAAGAAAGAAAAAAAAUGACAUGUUUGGUGCAAAAGUCACAUCCCGCUCUGCUGGUUUUUGUUAAAAUGGAAAUUAUGAUGCAAAAAUAAUCAAAAUAAUCACCAUAUAUGUCAGAAUAAUGACAUUUUUUUUAUUGCCGUAUUGUGUAGCCUCGUGUUGUGAAGGAUUUUCGCCCAGAGUAGACCAAUCAGAAACGGUUUCACCCAAUCAGUAUUCAAGCUUUUUUUUUAUUUUUAUAUUUUCUCAUUUUUAAUCGCCUCCCUCUGCAGCAGCUGCUUCAGGCUCAGAGGAUGAACCGCAUUUCAAGUGGCCUUCAAAAUAAAGGUGCUUUUUUCAACAGCCGCCACCAGCAGAUUUCAAAAUAAAGGUGCUUUUAGAAAAACUGCCACCAGCAGAUUUCAAAAUAAAGGUGCUUUCUGAUUUCCCUCUCAGCUGGUGCGGAGCAGCUCGGGUCAGAAACGACAGAAACCUGCUCUUUUUUUAAUGUUUUAUUCGUCUUUCUUGAUCAGCCGCUUGUUUAUUUUCUGAAGUUGAAGCCGCAGAGGAAGAACGGACGCUCACACAGCGAGUACUGAGGCUGACACGUGGAAUAUCACAGCAAACAAAUCAUGAACAUGAAGUGACUUUGUGCAGCAGCCGAGAUGAAACUGAUGCAUCAGUUUUUACCAAUCAGACAGAAACUGCAUCACAUCUGUGUGUGUGUGUGUAUGUGCAUGUUUUAGUGUGUUUUAGUGUGUGUGUGUGUUACACUGUGUGUAUUCACGCUCAGUUAUUGGCCGAGUCACUGUGCUGUUUGUGUGUUUUGACCCUGAUUCUGUUUGUACAUUCAAAAUGGACAAGAUGUAUAUUUGGAAGAGCUUUUUAU